UGCUUGUUAAUGUGAAUCAGGAAAGCUUUCAGUGGUCUGCUUGUUGCAUGUAAGCAGCAAUGCCUGCUGAACUCGUACUGCUAAAUACUUCAAUUGAACAUCACUGGAACUUGCUGAACCUGGGGAAAGAUACAUUUUGAUACUUCUGUGAUGGAACUUGAUAUUUCUUUUAUUUGUUACUAAAGUACGUGAUAGAAUUCUACUUGUAUCUACAAAAUUAACACUGACCUUUUGGAGUAUACAAAGAAUCUAAUGCACAAUGAAGCUCAAAUUGAGCAUUUUGUCUGUAAUUGUGGCUUUUCUUGGUAUACUGAGCUUUAUAUUUUUAGUGGUUGCUAUCGGAACCGAUUUCUGGUAUAUAAUUGAUGCCUCUAAACUGGAAUUAAAGAAGAACUUUUCGGAGACCCUCAGCUCACACUCAGGACUUUGGAGGAUGUGUAAAUUUAAGGACAAGUGUACUACUUUGAUAAAUCCUUUUUGGCAUGGCAACGUAAACUUUACAGAUUCACAAAAGCAACUUUUAAGUAUGCAUGGAACUCUUGUAAUUCUGCUGCCCCUUAGUCUGAUCCUGAUGAUUUUUGGAGGAAUGACUGGAUUUGUUAGUAUACUAGCAAAAGCCUAUCUGCUGCUAUUAUUAACUGGAAUGCUUUUUCUAUUUGGAGCACUAGUCUCUCUAACGGGAAUUAGCAUUUAUAUUGCUUAUUCUGCUGCUGCAUUUAAUUAUGCACUGUACUCCUUAGGCAGUGCAAUUCUGUCUGAAAUCGACAUACGCUUUGGCUGGUCAUUGGCUUUGGCAUGGUUAUCUUUCAUAACAGAAAUAUUGACUGGAAUGGCCUUUCUCCUGGCAGCCAGAGUUACUGGCCUCAAAAGAACUGGAGAUCAGGUUAUAUGAAUGAUUGAGAGGACCCUACUCCCGACUGCAUAUACCUCAUGGGAAUUUUGCAUAUUGUUGUCUCCUUUCACAAGAUCCAAAUG